AUGGCCGACCAACUAACCGAGGAGCAAAUUGCCGAGUUCAAAGAGGCGUUCUCGCUCUUCGACAAGGACGGCGAUGGAACCAUCACGACCAAGGAACUGGGCACGGUCAUGCGAUCGCUGGGCCAGAACCCAACCGAGGCCGAGUUGCAAGACAUGAUCAACGAGGUGGACGCGGACGGCAACGGCACGAUCGACUUCCCCGAGUUCCUCACGAUGAUGGCGCGCAAAAUGAAGGACACGGACUCGGAGGAGGAGAUUUUGGAAGCGUUCAAGGUCUUUGACAAGGACGGCAAUGGCUUCAUCUCGGCUGCUGAGCUGCGCCACAUUAUGACCAACUUGGGUGAGAAGCUGACGGACGAGGAGGUGGACGAGAUGAUCCGGGAGGCCGAUAUUGACGGUGAUGGGCAGAUUAACUACGAGGAGUUUGUCAAGAUGAUGAUGUCCAACUCGCUGCCGUCGCUCUCGGAUGUGAACAGAAGGAUGCAGACGAAAUACGACCGAGCAGUACGGGCGCGCGUGGGGUCAACGCACCAUGUGGCGAGGCUUUGCACUAAGUACGCACGCGAUACCGUCUGCGACCUUUGA